AUGAGCUCUCUCUAUAGAACUCAACCAUUCAGAACAACUCAUUACUCACCUGAUGGGCGAGGAAGAGACACUUAUAUCCAAACAAACAACGGAGGAGUUUUCAAAGGAGGAAGUCCUCUUCGGCUAUUUGAGCCUCAAAGAACUGUUAAGCGUCAAUUUUCUCCAACUAGUCCUAGACUAGAUGCAAAACCCCUAAAGUACACUCAUGACGGGACAGGAAGGGACACAUAUAUUGGCUGCAAUCAUGGAGGUUUAUUUUCAUCAUAUGACAAGCAUAGCUUUUAUACAGCUUUAAGAACUUAUUCACCACGCCCUUCCUAUGAGCGAAAAGAAGUGCUUGUAAAAACUCAAAACAGCUGAUUUAGAAGUAAAAAUAAAGAAGUUUCAUAUCAGGAAGAGUUAUCCAAACGGCUUAGUGAACCAAAAAAAUCUUUUGGGGAUUCAUCACCUAAAUCUGGAAGUGGAGACAUGAAAAAGACUAUGCGUACAACUAUUAGUUAG